CAAACCUUCGCCAUUGUGUAAUCGUCGUAUAAUUCCGUAAUUCGUUUACGUGUUUUCUCACGUCUUUCGUUCAACGACUGCUUAUUACGUCUUUCGACUUCACCAGACGCCGUUCACGCGUACUGAGUUAUUGAACCAUGGCUCGUACUAAGCAGACCGCUCGUAAAUCUACCGGGGGAAAGGCCCCGCGUAAACAGUUGGCUACCAAAGCUGCCCGCAAAAGCGCGCCCUCCACAGGUGGAGUUAAAAAACCUCAUCGUUAUCGUCCCGGUACUGUCGCUCUCCGCGAGAUCCGUCGUUACCAAAAGUCUACAGAGUUGCUGAUCCGCAAAUUGCCUUUUCAACGUUUGGUUAGAGAAAUUGCACAAGAUUUCAAAACAGACUUACGUUUCCAAAGUGCGGCUAUUGGGGCUUUGCAGGAGGCUAGUGAAGCAUACUUGGUUGGUUUGUUUGAAGACACCAACUUAUGCGCUAUUCAUGCCAAACGUGUUACCAUUAUGCCGAAAGACAUUCAGUUAGCCAGACGUAUCCGUGGUGAACGAGCCUAAUUCAUCUUCUAAAGUGAAUUUUUAUUAUCAUUUGACAAUUUCUGUUACAUUAUCUUUAUACAUAUAAUUUUAUUUUUUUUUUUUUUAUCAAAAAACUAACGACUAUCAAAUGUAUGGGUUUAAUGUUAAUAUAUAGGAUACCUUAUUUUUGUUUAUAUUUUAUUAAGUGUUUAUUUAUAGAAACAUUUGUUUUGAACAAUAAUAGUAGCAAGUUAUA